AUGCAAGCUGGCAGUCGCAAAUAUCCAAAUAACAAGGCAUCUCUGCCUUGUACCUUUCAGGAACCAAUGAUAGCGCCCAAGCACAUGCAAGAUGGCUCAACGGCAGUAGCUGAGCAGUUGGAAACAGUUGAUUUGAGUGAUGAUCCCUCUGUCCUAAGACCCAUCUCUAUCAGCGUUCAUUUAACAGGGGAAGAAAAGGAAGCUUCGAUAUCUUUGUUGAAGGAAUUUCGAGAUGCGUUUGCUUGGAGCUACGAAGAGAUGCCUGGCCUUAAUCCAAAUUUGGUAAGUCACACGCUGAAUAUUGAGCUCGGUACAAAACCUGUUAUACAGCCAAGAAGGAAUUUUCAUCCUGAAAUUGAGAAGCAAAUGAAAGUUGAAAUUGAAAAGCUGUUAGCUGCUAGAUUCACCAAGCCAAUCAAACACCCGACAUGGCUAGCAAAUAUUGUGUCCGUGAAGAAGAAAACCGGGGUAAUCAGAAUAUGCACAGACUACUGUGAUCUCAAUCGAGCCUGCCCGAAAGAUGAAUUUCGGCUGCCCAACAUGGAUAUUUUGAUCGAUUCAACCUCGGGUCAAGGCAUGCUAUCCUUCAUGGACGGAUUCAGUGGCUAUAAUCAAAUCAAGAUGUCUCCCAAAGAUGCCGAGAAAACAGCCUUUCGAACACCAUACGGGAACUUUUAUUAUACCGUCAUGCCAUUUGGUCUUAAGAACGCUGGCGCCACUUACCAAAGGGCCAUGACGACAGUGUUUCAUGAUAUGAUGGGAAGAGAAAUCGAGGAUUAUGUGGACGACUUGGUGGUAAAAUCAAAAGAUAGGGGAAGCCAUUAG